GUCCUGAAGCUUACUGGUCGGUAGCAAUCGCCGCCGCCGGUCUGCAGACGGUUAUUGUUCUUUAUUCGUUUCUUUUUUUUUUUUUUAAUUCCAACCCGUUUUUAUUAUCACUACCCGCUGUCAUUACCAUUCUGUAAACGGAAACAGAACGAAGAUCAUAAAAAAAUUCCUCACCCCAGGUAAAAAUCGCGAGGACUUAGAAUGGGAGGUGGCCAAGUUCUCCUCUACCUUCUACUGAUCAUCAUUUGCACGCAGAAUGUCUCAUCCAAUCAAUGCGGAAAGGUGUGGCUGACGGUCUCGUCGCUCUGGAGACCAAUAGCUACGAAUGAUAAGGUCGUCGAUGCUGAAUUAGAGGUCAAUUGGGACCUAGAUUGUCCAUCGAAUUUGGGAUAUCCGGACAGCAUUAAGGUUUUCACUGCUGAUCCUGCCCACAAUAAAACGAUUAAACCGCAGUUGACUUUACUGCUCGCCGAACAUCCUCGGGGUUAUUACAGGACAAAUAUAACUGUCGGAAGACCUCCGUUGCCUGGGGGAUGGGACGAAGGAGCUGGAGGUGCAGCUCUUCCAGGACCACAUUGCUUGAAGCAUCACGCGGCGCUUUAUAAAAAUGGCGAAUUCCUAACGAGUUCAUGUCUUCAAAUUUGGCCAACUUGGAUGUACGAUUUGAGAAGACAACUGGGAAGACUUCCUAUAGGAACAUUAAUGAUUCCUGGAACUCAUAAUUCAGGAUGUUAUAAACACGGAGAUUUAACUCGAAGAGAUGCUUUUCAACGUUAUCUUUUAACUCAAGAUCGUGAUGUUUGGACUCAGCUGGUUCAUGGCAUAAGAUAUCUUGACAUAACAGUUGGAUAUUAUCCAUUCAUUGAGGAAUCUAAUUCGGUUAAUAGAUUUUGGGUUAAUCACGAUAUAGUUAGGAUCACACUGCUCAUGACGAUUAUAAAAGAUGUAAGAAAUUUUUUGGAUGUCGCCAGAGGAGAGGUGGUAAUUCUUGAUUUUCAUAAAUUUACCGUCGGAUUUGAAGGACGUCCUAGCCGACAUCGUCGACUUGCUUCGAUCCUGCACAGGGAAUUUGGUGGCUUAAUUCUCAGACCAGAUAGAGGGGUUGACGGCCUUGGACCGACCUUGAACGAUAUUUGGACCGUUGGACGCAGACUAAUUAUAUGCUAUGGUGAUAAGCAAACCGUCAAUGAGUACGAUUGGCUUUGGCCACCGAUGAUCCAGGCGAGGGGUGAUCAGCAAAGACCUGAGGGUCUUAGAAAUUAUUUGGAGCGAACUAUAGUCGGCAGUAAAAGACCGAGAACUAAUCAGAAUCCUUUGUGGGCAGUAAUGGCUGAACUGACACCGAUGCCCUUAGACAUAAUGUUGAAACCAUCUGGAGGACUUCGGCAAAUAGCGGAUUCGAUAAAUCGGAAUUUAUCUGUUUGGUUUCAGGACGAAUGGUGGAAACAAACGAAUAUUGUAGCUACACAUUUUUUCCUUGGUAAUAAUUUGAUCGACGUUUCGAUACAGUCAAAUAUUAAAAAAAGCAAUAUCGCCCACUGGCGCCUCUGAACUACUCUUCGAUUUUUUUUCUUUCUUUUAUAGCCACGUUGAAUUUCUUUCUCCUCGAUGUCUAUCAAGUUUGUUAGUUUUGCGAUCAGCGAACGAUUCUUAUCGUCGGUGAGAAAUGUAAUACGUAUAAAUUUUUCGACAGUUCUAACGAACAACUCAUUAUAAUGAUUGAGUACCUAUCCUUUUUUGGGAUAAAAAUCUAAAAAACUUAUUAUUACUAAUCAAAAAGCAAUCCACGUGAACAAAUAAAAUUUUCACCUCAGUCCCUGCUUUCCAUUCCGUAUACAUAGAAUAAUUUCGGAUAACGUGCGCUGUUCGUGCUCCGUUCAAACUCUGAUUUAUCGGUCAAUAUAUUAUUAUCACCAUAUUUGUUGAUUUGAUUCAUCAUUUUCAUUAACAUUGAAUUGAUUAACCGUAUCUGGUAGCUGCUGCGGUGCUUGAUGUGAUUAUUUGUUAUCCUCAAGCUGAUAAAACAGACUAAAGAGAGAACCACCUGUUGAGUUGUAAAACAUUUUCAGGCAAUAAAAACAGUCCUAUUACAAUACUCCAAAGUCAAUUCGACUCAAUCAAGCUAUGCUUUAAACCCAUUUCGAUGUCUCGCUUUAUUCGAAAACGAAAACUGGAUUAAUUGCAUGUAAUGAUGUAUUGAGAAUAAAAUUUUAUACAAUGAG